CUCCAGACAACUUUGCGUUUGUCGAGGACGGUCUUUAUCGCUGUUCCGCGCUCGACGCCAUCAACGCCCCUUUUUUGGAAACGCUUGGGCUGUCUACUAUUGUUUGGCUCGAUGAGGAAAAACCGCCUCGAGCAAUCAACCAGUAUAUCGAGGACAACCGUGUGCGCCUAUGCCACCUAAAGGAGUCCAGUGUCAUUCCUGAAGAUACCGACAGCAUGCGGUUCCAGGACUGGAUGGUUUUGAGGCCGACAUUGGUAGCAGAGACAUUCCAGAUCCUUCUGGACUACCAGACGUACCACGAUUGUCUGCUGGUGGACAGAAGCGAGGUAGUGAUUGGGUUGCUAAGACGUAUCCAGCGAUGGAGCUACUCGAGUAUCUCCAAUGAAUACAGGCUCUUUGCCAACAACAAGGCUAACUAUGCGGUGGAAAACUACCUGGAGCUUGUGAACAUCGAACUGGUGCCUUACGAGAGAAUGGCGGAUCAAGACGACGAGGACGAGGAGACCGUGGUGGUGGAGGAGCCAAAGAGCCUGGAAAAAGACCUGAGUAUCAGCCCGCACCUCUCUGUAUCGACGUCGCCGCAGAUCCCAAAAACGCUGCUCAAAAUGGUGGAGAUGCGUCGCCAGAAACGGAAGCACAGACAAGAGAGACAACAAAGCAUCAGCUACUCAGGAGUGAGUUUCUUCAAGCCGGCAGGAACGGCGUCGGUGCGCGUACGGCUGCCCAGGGAAGAGAACUUGCCGGCCUGGUUCAUUGAGCUGAGAACAAGGUGGGAGCAGGAGGCCUGAUAGAAAACUUGAUAGGUUGAAAUAAUAAACUAAUAAAUCGCCAGAACCGAUUCAGGAAUAAUUGAUUGUAUGCGCGUUGGCGGAGUGGUUGAUUUGGUAAAAAACCGCCUGCACACCUUCGACCUCGCAUAAAAUUUCCACUUUGCAAUUUUCAUAUCUUUCUUCCAACAUGACUCAGAAAGUGCUCCUUCUCGGUUCUGGUUUCGUCGCCAAGCCAACUGUCGACAUCCUCGCUAAGCAGAAAGACAUCGAAGUUACUGUCGCAUGCAGAACUCUCUCGAAAGCCAAGGAAUUGGCAGGCUCUGUUGCCAACGCAUUGUCGUUGGACGUUACUGACCAAGAUGCUCUGGACGCUGAGGUCAAUAAGUACGAUGUUGUCAUCUCUUUGAUUCCAUACAUCUACCACGCUGCCGUCGUCAGGGCUGCAAUCAAGUCGAAGCACACCAACGUCGUCACCACCUCCUACAUCUCUCCUGCUCUGAGAGAGUUGGAGCCAGCCAUCAAGGAGGCCGGCAUUGUCGUGAUGAACGAGAUCGGCCUGGACCCAGGUAUCGACCACUUGUACGCCGUCAAGACCAUCGACGAGGUCCACAAGGCCGGUGGUAAGAUCACCUCUUUCCUGUCGUACUGUGGUGGUCUUCCAGCACCAGAAGAUUCUGACAAUCCUUUGGGAUACAAGUUCUCGUGGUCCUCUAGAGGUGUUCUUCUUGCUCUGAGAAAUCAGGCCACAUACUGGAAAGAUGGCAAGAUCGAGAAGAUUGCUUCCGAAGACUUGAUGGCCUCUGCCAAGCCAUACUUCAUCUAUCCGGGAUACGCGCUGGUCUGCUACCCUAACAGAGACUCCACUGUUUACAAGGAGCUCUACAACAUCCCUGAGGCCCAGACCGUUAUCAGAGGCACUUUGAGAUUCCAGGGAUUCCCAGAGUUCGUCAAGGUUCUUGUGGACAUGGGAUUCUUGAAAGAGGAUCCAAACGAAAUUUUCUCCAAGCCUAUUCCAUGGAAUGAGGCUGUUUCCAAGUACAUUGGAGCUGCCUCUCCUUCUGAGAAGGACAUUGUUGCCAAGAUUGACUCUUUGACCAAGUUCAAGGACGAGGCCGACAGAGAGAGAAUUUUGGCUGGUCUCAAGUGGCUCGGCCUGUUCUCCGACAAGAAAAUCACUCCUGCCGGCAACCCAUUGGACACCCUGUGCGCCACUCUUGAGCAGUUGAUGCAAUACGAAGAGGGCGAGAGAGACAUGGUCAUUUUGCAACACAAGUUCGGCAUCGAGUGGGCGGACGGCAAAACCGAGACUAGAACCUCUACCCUGGUCGACUAUGGUGUUCCUGGCGGCUACUCCUCUAUGGCCAAGCUGGUCGGUGUUCCUUGUGCCGUUGCUGUCUUGCAAGUCUUGAAGGGUGCCUUCCCAGGCCCAGGCCUCUAUGCUCCAAUGUCUCCAGAGAUCAAUGACCCUAUCAUGAAAAUCUUGAAGGAUGAAUACAACAUCUACCUGACCGAAAAGACUUUGUAA